AGAGCCACUUCACUUUUGUAAUAUUAGUUGGUGUUAACUGCGUGCACAUAAAAUGAAUCACUUUUUAACACCGGCUGGUGUCAAUCCCAUAAAAAAGAGAUCACGUGUGUGCAAUCCGAUGUUCCAAUUGGUUGAAAGUUUACAGAAAAUUCUCGCGCGAAUUUGAUCGCGAUCGCGUCGGAUUCGCCAUCUUGAUUCUUGGACAACAUGAUUGUUCGUGUGGUAAAGCGUCACCCACCAGGGGUUAAAAAUCAGAAAAAAAUUGUUAUUUUUGAUGGCGACCACGACAAGUUCGUAAAUAGUGUGCGUACUAAAUUUGGAUUUUCUUCAGACCAGUCUGUAAGAUUUGUUGAUAACAGUGAUGGGGCAGAAGUAGAAGAAGAUGUGAUGGCAGAACUUCUUACGGCAACAGGAGGAACAGUUGAACUCAUGGUCCUUUUAGAAAAUGAAGAUUGGGAAGUUGAGACUGCAAAUGCUAGAAGUGCAGUACCAGCAUCUGCAUUGCCUUCAGAGGCCCCGCCAUCAUCAUUAGACGAUCCAUCAGUCUGUGCUUUAAGAAGUCUAGCACCUGGUGCAUCGGCAGUAUCACCCUCUGCACUACCUUCAUCAUUGGAGUGUCCUCCAGGGAGUCAAGCAUCUGAUGCCCCUGCAGUAUCAGCCUCAUCGUUAACUUCGUCCAUGGAAGAUUCAGCUACGUUAAUAGAGAGAAUCUUGCAAGCAACGCCAGCCGGUGAAGCAGUUCUUUCAGAAUACACAGCGAAAAACAAGUUCAGAGAUACUACCCGAAAAAUCCUGGUGAAUCUGCUUGUGCACCACAUGAUGGAAAUGCAUGGGAAAACACCCAGCUCUGAAGUAAAAACAAAGUAUGCCCGUGGAGUCGUAAACUUGUUCCCGUCUCUUAAAGAUCCACACACCAUAGGAGGCCAUGAAGCUUUCUAUGAUGAGAAAAGGAACAUGGGCUUCCUGGUCUAUCGAAUCAAGAAUUUGAACAGAGGAACGUCGCGUACAUCAAAACGCAGUGCCAAUGAAGGAGCAACAGGUGGUCCAUUAUGCAAGAGGGCAACACAGGUACCAGAUGAAGACUUGCAUGAUAAAACAACAGAUGUCAACUGGUUGAAGCACACUCCAGCAGCUGAUGAUCCAGCUGUCAUGAAGCAGAUAAAGGAGAAGUGGAAAACAACAGCUGCUUUAAGACGGCAAAUGGUUGACGAAUCAAAAACAGCUGGAAAGAUCAUCAUGGAAUUUCCAAAAUUCUUGAAGGUACCUGGGUUGGUGGAGAUAGAUUUUGGUCUCCUGCUGCCCAACAACACUAACAAGUUUCUGGAACAGUGGCCAAGCAUGGUGAAGCCUAUUGUUGAGUUAGCAAGAGAGGCACCAGCUGAAACUACAGCAUCAUUGUUGAAGUUAAUGGAUGGGAAGCUGAAAGAGAUUGAUUCAGAAGAUUCAGACGAGGAUCAGGUCGUGGAAUCAGAGGACGAGUUGGACGUAAAAUCCAAAUCCCCACUUGCUGAUAGUCAAGGUUGGGAUGCCAGUACGCUAGAGAUUCUCAUACUGCUUUGUUUACUUCCACCAGUCAAUCAGGGGAGGAAGGGCUUGUCAAAGGUUUCAGUGCUCUCAGCAAUCGACCACCUACUACAAUUCCAAAAGAGUGGUGCCAGUCUUGAACAUUUUCUGGAGAGUAGGAAGAAUAAGCAGAUGCAGCCAUACUUGCUUGCAAGAGGAAUGUCCCAGGAGAGGAUAGAUCAAUUCUUUGUUAUUGUGGAUCACCUCGCAAUUCCCUGCUCCGACAUUAGCCCCAUCAGUGCUUUUGACACGCUCUUCAAGACGCAUUACGUAUUCGGGUUACAUUAUGCAAGGCCACUGCAUAAUUUCUGGACCUUCAUUCAAACCACUAUCUACAAUAUCGACCCCAAGACCACCAAUGAAUCACCAAGGGUACGGGAGCUGAGGUCCAAAUUAUCAAACUUUGGCAAGUAG